ACGGCAACCCCGUACAAAAUUCCAAAAACUCGCAGCGCGAACCGGUCAGCUCUGUUGCUUCGCUUUGUUUGUUAUUCUGUGUUAUUCCCUUUGCCAAGCAAAGAAGAAAAAUUUCAACGCCUUUGACCGUUGAACGAAAAUCCCAAACCACCGUCGUCGUCGUCAUCGUUGCUGAGGAGGAAGGAGAGUGGUGCGUAGUGCGCACACCCGCCGGUUUCUCUUAUCGAAACCUCCUAUUGCCGUUUCUCGUUAGAAUCGCUCUCAUAAUCAAACGUCCUUAGAAUUUCCGAAAGCAACAGUCAAUCCGAACGAAUACGAAGGAGAAAUAAAAGUUAACAAUCCGCUAUGCCGAUUCGAGACCCGAUGAUGCAUUCGAGGGUUUCUUGGUUCUGUUUCGUAUGUUGCUUGAUUCUCAGCUGCUUUCCAGGAUUGAUAUGGUCGGCAGAGGUGACUCUGAAAUCCAUAGAGAUAUACAAAACCCAUGAAUUGUUAAAUACAGUCGAACCCGUAGUUUAUUUUCAAUGUAAAGGGGAAAACAAGACGAAAUUGCCGGAUGUGAAAAAAGCUAAUGAAGUAUAUAAUUUUAAAGGCGAAGAAUCUUGGCAGCCUUUGACACAACUUUCAAAUGCAAAGUGUAAGCGAUGUGGUUUCUAUGAGGAAGACUCCUUUAUUAAGUCAGAUGACAUAUUUGAUGAGUGGGAGUUCUGUCCUUCUGACUUUAAUGGUUCAAAAGGGAUAUACACCCUAUUCAAAGACAAGGAACUGAAUGCUAAUUUCUUGUGUCCUGAGUGUAUAUCUCUUGCUGCUGCUUCCAAAAACACCACUGACUCGGAUAAUAAAGGGAAUGGAAUGCAUGUUGUUUUUGUAAUACUGAUUGUUGUUGCCGUUUCAACUGUUGUAAUUGUUGGAUCGGUGGCUGCAUACAAGUACUGGCAAAAGAGAAAGAGGCAGCAAGACCAGGCUCGGUUUCUGAAGCUCUUUGAAGAAGGGGAUGACAUCGAGGAUGAAUUGGGACUCGAUGUGUAAUAUGAUCGUUCCAAGUAAUUUAGUGAGCUGUACAGUAAGUUGAUCUUUACAUAAAUUUUGCUGGUGUAAUAGAAAAAAUUGGAAAAACAAUUUAUGAAUAUUAUGUGCACUUACUUGUAAUGACUUGAGGAAUUUUUUAUUACUACAUUGAAAAGAAAUAAAAAAGAGAGGGAUAGAGAACUGUCACAGUCUAAGAUUGGACUGGAUUAGUUUAAGUCAAGUACAAUUAAUAUUAAGUUUAGUGUGAGGUAUGAAAUCUGAUUGGCCUCGACUUAAAAUAGUCUAGUCCAGUCCUUUGUUUUA